CGUGAAUUGGUACCUUAUAUUAGUUGAGUAAUAAAAAUCAAACGUGAAACAACUUUUUUCGCUUUGUGAAUUUAAUUAGAAUGACGCCCAAAUACUUUUUUGCCAUUGCAGGCAUUCUUGUUUUUACCUUCGCUUUUGAAGCUGAUGCCCUUCAAUGCUAUUUGUGCGGAACUGCGACGCCAUUUGGCAUGCAAAAUUGCACGGAUGACUUCAAAGGGAUCGAUACAAAUUGCAAUUUUUCGCCCCAGAGUCCCAUGUGUAUCAAACAAAUGAGCGGCGGAAAGGUCAUUCAUCGCGGAUGUUACGUAAAAGGUUACUGCCAAGAUAAUCCCGAUUGCUUCGAAUGCGAAACAGACCUUUGUAACUCGAGCAAUAGCUUGAUUUUGCCAUUGGUGCUCAUCAAUACGCUCAUUUUCUUGCUGUUUAGAUUGCUGUAAAUUUUUCGUAAUUACAAAAGGUGUUUAAUAAAUUUUCAAUUUGCGAAACUAACCGAACAACAAAAUUAAUAAAUGGAAAAAGUUUUUCCUCGUCGCCAUCAUUUUCUUCAUUUUGAUGCCCAAAUA